CGAGGCUUCAGAGAAGCGUUUGCAGUGUUGUCUAGAAAGUGCUGGAUCUUUAUACAGAAACAUGUUUGUCAGCAAGCUUGAGAAGUGUUCGGCGGCUUGCGCGGCGAGUGUUUUGCAGGCGGUCAGCUGCUUGAGCCCUCGAGUUUUUUCUUCCAGGUUUUGCCGCUGGACCUGGCAGCUCUUGAGACAAAGUGAAGAGAGCAUUGCAGAAUAGUCUGAUGGAAACUUAGAGGUUCACACUGCUAGCUUUUUCCGACUCCUGACCAAAGCAUUUCAACAUAAUUUAGUGUUUGCUGGCUGAGCCUGGACAUGUCAUGUCAGAGUGGACUCUUUUCUGCGUGUUUAACAUGGAGGUGGGCCCAUUGAUGCAUACUAUUCAAUCAGCCUGGUGUUGCUGGGACAACCUUGGUGUGCAUCCUACUGACAAACUUGUCCCUUCUAUUCUGCUUGGAUUUCGCAUGAUGUCGCCCUCUCCAUUGCCUGCUGGUCAAAGCUUUCGGCUCAAACCUUUCAGUUCGCCUUACCGGUGGGCAUCUCUUGGUGCCCGUUCUAAUCGAACCCUUCCACAUCAAUGGAGAGACUUCUUGGUCUGUUGAUUUGGGCAGCGUUCACUUUGAGUUCCCAAGCUGAGACCUGUGAUGCCUCUCUGGAGGGAGCAGCCUGUGCUCCGGCUCUUCUGCAGAAACUCGGAUUUCCCCAGCCGGGAGAUCUGAGCCCCCGAUGGCCCCGAUGGCCGUGUGUCGUGUGAAACAGCUGGCUCAGGGGCAAGUGGAGGUCAACAUUUCCGAGGAGCUCGGAGAGGCUUCCGCCGCACAGGAUGUGAGCCAUGCGCUGGUGGCACGCUCCGCCCGAGCAGGGCGCCAGGACCUUUCGAGGACGCAGGAGUUGGAUUCGGUGGUGUCGGCCAAGAUUUUUGACGACAUCGCCGAUGGCUUUGAAUCCGCUGCCAACGCCGUGGCUGAUGUGACCACGGACAUUGGAGAGGGUGUGGUCAGCGUCGGGCUCACCGUGGGCGAUUAUGUGGGCAAUGCUGCGACGGUGGUGGGCAGCUCCAUCGUGGAGGCUGCAGAGACCACCGUGGACGCACUGCCCAGCGAGAUCAAAAGCGCCGCGCAAAGCUUGGGCAAUGCGGUGGUCUCCACGACUCAUUUCGUUGCAGAUGUCGGUGAAAUGGUCGCGGAUGGAGCCGUGGACUUGGCCGGUGAUGCGCUCCAAGUGGCGCAAUAUGCGGUCUCCCAGGGAGCGAAAGUUGGGAGCAAAUUGGGAGACAAGAUCUCUUCUGCGGCCAAUGCACUGGGUGGCGAGAUUGCCAAGCUCGGGGAUUUGGCCGUGGGACUGGCCAAGGCCGCCUGGGAUGAGAUCAAAAAGUUCAUCAAUUGCUUCACUCAAGCCUUCUCUCUUUGCAACAUCCUCAUCGGGCACUUUUGCGACUGCGAGCGUGGCAGCUCCGUCUCCAUAUCCACCUCCGGAUUGGCGAUGACAUGCAGUUUCAAGACAGACAGCGACUUCGCCAAGGGCUACGGCUUCAGCGCGGGGGGAGAAUCCUUCCAGAUGGGCGACGACGGCUCCAGCGGCCGAGUGAAGAUCCCAGGCCAGACAUUUUUUCAGAGCUUUAAGCCCAAGGGAGAUCAGCUGAAGGCCAAUCAGGUGGCCUUGAAUACGGUGAAACAGGCAGCGCCGAAGGGUUCCUGCGAGACAAGCCUGGCCUUGUCCUUGGAGGGCGUGGUGCAGUUUGCACCCACCCUAGGCGUCAGCGUGAACCUCAACGGAGACGCCGAAGUCUCGGUCGAGGGCCUGGCGCGGGUCUCGCUGGCCGCGCUGGCCACGGCGCAGGGCUCGUGCGCCUUCAUUGCGGAGAAGCGCUUCCCCAAGAAGCCGCUGAGCAAGGUGGUUUGCGGCCCCGUCGGUUGCAUCUCCAUCAUGCUCCAAAUGCUGGCAGAAAUCGAGCUGAAGGGGGUCAUCACCGGCUCUCUGGAACUUGCGGCGGGGGCCGAUUUCCACAUCAAGGGCAAGGUCCUCGUGAACCCCCGUGGUCAUGCCGAUGCCGACUUCGAGACUCCCAGCAUCGAGCAUCAGUUUGGCAUGGGCCUGGCAGUCAGCUCCACUGGAUCAACUCGAGUUGGCAUGGGCCCGGUCUUAGUGGUCUUUCCAAUGCCGGGAGUGCCAAUUACCUUCAACCCCAUGAUGAAUGCCGAGGUCCGGGCAGCGGGCACCUUGAACAUGCCAAUGGGAUCCUUGUUACAAGAGGAUGUGGUACUCCACACGAACGUAUCCAAGCUCAGCAGCAGCCGGGUCAAUACCUUUGACCUUUGUGGAGCUGCAGCCUUGAACAUUUAUACAGAUAUUGAUAUUCAAGGCUACGGCUUGCCCAAACCCAUGUCCUUCUCUCUCGGCACAUCAUGGAUCGAGGACGCCAUCAAAGAACGCUUGGUGCAGGGCGCUCGGAUGUUUGCAGCCAUGGUCACAGGCCCUACCCAGUGCAUCCCGGGUGCCAGUCAGGCCGUUGAUCUGGUCAUGGAUGCCGCCCUUGCAGCCGCUGGAACUCUGAGCUCCUUGAUCCCGGAUUUGAACUUGGAUUUCACCACGCCUUCUUCGCAACUCCUGGCGCCCACCAAGCUCUUCUGCAUCGAAGCAUUCAAGACUUCGGGCUUUGACAGCUCGGAGUGUUCUCAGGACCUGGGCUGUAAAAGCGCUGGAAGGCCAGUGUCGCCCAUGGUGGUUCAGGUGGCUCCCGAGCAAAAGCAUCAGACCACGCACCCCUCGCCACAAGCCUCUGGCACUUGUCACACGGUUCCCAUGGGUGAUCGUUUCAUUCAGCUCGGGGACUGGCGCUUGAGGGAUAUCGAUGGGCAGCAUUUCUCAGUGUCUCACAAGGGUGGCUAUACAGCACAGAUCUUCAGGUCAGAUGGGACCGUUCAUGCUGGCCCCCGCCAUGACUACACCUCCUGGGGUCGGCCGAUUGGUGCUUCCAGGGGCAUCAAGUUCGGCUUCCAGUUCAUUCAGAUUGGUGAGUGGCGCUUGGGAGUCUAUGAUGAGACACAUAUGAGCCUCACACAUCAGGGAGGGCAAAUCAGUCAGAUCUUCCGCGCGGACGGUACCCUUCACAAUGGCCCCCGCACGGACAUGCACACCUUCGAUCGUCCGGAGUGCGCGGCCUCUGGGGUGACGCUGGGGAACCAAUUCAUCCAGAUCGGCCUCUUCCGCUUGGGCCAGGUGGAUGACACUCACAUGUCCGUGUCGCACACGGCGGGGAGGAGCCAUAAGACGAUUCAAAUCUACCGAGCUGAUGGCACCACCCAUUCGGGGCCCAGAGAUGAUUACACCCUUCAGAGUCGGCAUCCAGUGGCCUGGACAUGCCAAAGCCUGGAAGAAAUCGCGCAUGGCGCCUGCAACCUGGACUUUGGAACCUUUGGGGACCGCUUUAUUCAACUUGGAGAAUGGCGCUUGGCUGAUAUCGAUGGCAAUCAUUUCUCCAUUUCGCACAAGGAUGGCUACACGGCACAGAUCUUCCAUGCAGCUGGAACACUUCAUCCUGGUCCUCGUCAUGACUUUGGUUCUUGGCAUCGGCCCUUGGGGUAUCCCUAUGGCAUUGCCUUUGGUCGGGGCUUCGUCCAAAUCGGCCGCUUCCGUCUUGGCCAGGUGGACGGAACCCACCUGAGCAUCUCCAGUCAGUCCGGCCAAACGGCGCAGAUCUUCAACGCGCAGGGGACGCUUCAUCCCGGUCCGCGCACGGACUUCGGACUGUGGGGCCGGAGCGUGGGGCCCGCCACGCGCAUCACCUUCGGAGAGAAGUUCUUGGAGCUGGGAGAUUUUCGGCUGGGGGAUAGUGGGUGGAGCCAUGAAGAUGGACACUUCUCGGUGACGCAUAAGGAUGGGAUGACAAUUCAGAUCUACCGAUCGGAUGGGACGAUGCAUCCAGGACCUCGCACAGACUGGAGCCUGAACAACAGGCAUCCCAUGUGGCACUGCGGUAACAUCCAGUACAACUUUGGGAGCUGUCCUGGGAUCGUGGCCGGAGGAAACUUCUUGCAGAUCGGCGAGUGGCGUAUGGGCCAGGUCGACGCUAGGCACUUUAGCCUCUCUCAUCAGGGGGGCCAAACCGCUCAGAUCUUCCACGGGGUGGAUGGAACGCUUCAUCCAGGCCCCCGGACCGACUUCAACAUCUGGUCUUGGGGCCUGGAGCCGGUGAAUCCCAUCCAAUUCGGCGAUCGCUUCAUCCAGUUUGGACAUUUCAGAUUGGGCGAUGUGGAUGGCAACCAUUUGUCCAUCUCUUCUGUCUACGGGCAGACGAUGCAAAUCUGGUCAGGCCAUGGAACUUUGCAUCCAGGGCCCCGGACCGAUUUCAGCCUCUGGCAUCGCCCCUCUGGAGAGCCCGUAGGCGUGAGCUUCGGGGACCGCUUCGUGCAGCUGGGCAGCUUCCGUGUGGGCGACGUGGACGGCGAGCACUUCACCGUGACCCACGUGAGCGGCAGCACGGCCGCCAUCUACCGAAAGGAUGGCACCGUCCACGCGGGGCCCAGGCAUGACUACACCACCUUUGGGCGGAGUUUGGCAGAAUGCCACGUGCUGCCGCCAUAAUUGGCUUGAACCGAUGUACAUAAAACACAUUGAAGCAAAAUUGGACGUUUGAUGUUAUUUUGCAAUCAACACGCCUUGCGAGAAGAUGGCCCGAACACAUUGUAGGAAUACAAUGGAUUCCUACUCAAAAUUAUGCACCGAUUUGGUUCUACUAUGUGUGCCAC